CCCCGCCCACUCCCGACGAGCCUAUAUAUAAGACAUUACCCACAAUCCUCUCUUCCUCUUCGCCAUUUUAGCCGGCGCCAUGAAGGUCGAGCUGUGCAGCUUCAGCGGCUACAAGAUCUACCCUGGCCAUGGCCGGCGGUACGCCAGAACUGACGGCAAGGUAUUCCAGUUCCUGAAUGCAAAAUGCGAGUCUGCUUUCCUUUCCAAGAGGAACCCUCGGCAAAUCAACUGGACUGUUCUGUACAGGCGAAAGCACAAGAAAGGACAGUCGGAAGAAGUCCAGAAAAAGCGUAGUCGCCGUGCGGUGAAGUUCCAGAGGGCUAUCACUGGUGCCUCUCUGGCUGAAAUUAUGGCCAAGAGAAACCAGAAGCCUGAGGUGCGAAAGGCUCAGCGGGAACAAGCAAUUAGGGCUGCCAAAGAGGCAAAAAAGGCUAAGCAGGCUACCAAAAAGACUGUUCCUGCUAAGGGUCCAACAAAGGCUGCACCCAAGCAGAAGAUUGCCAAGCCAGUAAAAAUGGCGGCUCCCCGUGUUGGAGGAAAACGCUAAGCAACAUGUUCUACUGGAUGUGCUAAUAAAUUACUAUUUUGAAAAAAAAAA